UCUUGAAUGGAUACCUUUUGAAAAAUUUCAAAAUAUCACUUAUAUUGCAGAAGGUGGUUUUGGAAAGAUUUAUUCAGCUGAAUGGCCUGAAGGAAAUAUUAAUUAUUGGGAUAUUGAAAAUCAAAAAUGGUAUAGAUACAAAGAUUUUGAUAAAUAUGCAUUAAAAAGUUUGAAUAAUUCUUCUGAUAUAUGUUCAGAUUUUUUAAAUGAGAUUAAAUCUCAUCUUCAGAUUUAUCUUGGUGAUAUUGUUCGAUGUUAUGGAAUUACUCAAGAUCCAAAUAAUAAAGAGUAUAUGAUGGUUUUAAUAUAUUGUGAAAAUGGAAAUUUGAGAAAUUAUUUAAAUAAAUCAAAUAAUUAUAUUAAUUAUAAAUCAAAAAUUGAUCAAUUACAACAAAUUGCAAGAGGACUUUUAGAUAUUCAUAAUGCUGAAAAAGUUCACAAAGAUUUUCAUUCAGGUAAUAUACUAUAUAGAGGUGGUCCAUUUAUAAGUGAUUUAGGAAUGUGUCAACCAGCAAAUAAGCGAAAAGUUAAAGAAGAAGGAAUUUAUGGAGUAUUACCAUAUAUGGCACCAGAAGUUUUACGUGGAUACCAAUAUACAAAAGCAGCAGAUAUUUACUCAUUUGGAAUAAUAAUGAAUGAGUUAAUUUUUGAAGAAACUCCUUAUAAUGAUAUCCCACAUGACGAAUUUUUAGCUAUUAAGAUAUGUAAAGGACUUAGACCAAAAAUUUCUGAAGAUACACCAAAGUUGCUUGCGGAUUUAAUAAUGAAAUGUUGGGAUGCUGAAAUAGAAAAUAGACCAACCACUAAACAAUUGUCUCAGAUAUUAACAAAAUGGAAUGAUGAAAUUGAUGAUAGUGAUGAUGGUGAAGAUAGUGAAAUUUAUUCUCAAAUAAAAGUAUGUGAUGAAAUUGGAGAAAAAAAAUUUGGAAGCAGAUCAAGCAAAGAUAAACCCAAAAAUUUUCAAACACAUCCACAAGCAAUUUAUACUAGUAGACUUUUAAAUUUUAAAAAUCUUCCAAAACCAGUAAAUUCUUCAGAUUUAUCAUCUUUUCAAUUUAAUUCAGAUACUAAUACUCAAUCAGAGUCAGCAAAUCCAAUCUCAGAAUGCUUGGACGUCCAAUUAAGCGAAUUAGAACUCAAUGAAAUUUAUCAAGAUAAUAAAAAUGAUAUUGAAUGAGUUUUCCUUGUAGUCUCAGUUUAAUUAUUUAAAAAACAUAUAUUAUAAGUUAGCUUUAUUAACAUAUUUUUCUUAUAUCGUUAUACCUUUAUAUUGAUACCUUGAUUUUU